AUGCCACCGCCUCCGGCUCAGAAGAUUUCUUUUGUGAUCACUUGGACUGAGGAGGAGGAGGAAGGGCAGCAGCAGGAGGAGGAGUUGGUGGUGGUUUUGCCCCGCCUGCUGUCAGCGCAGCCGCCAAUCAGCGCCCAGCAGCGCCUGGAGAGGCUGGGACCGCGGGGAGGGGACGCGGUGGAGGCGGGGGGUGGGGCGGGGGCUGGGGACGAGGUAGUCCGAGGCGGCCGGGGCUGCGACGGGGAAUUGGAGACUGUCCGAACUGGGCAGAGGAGAAGGGCCGACCGGGAGAGUCGGGCAGAUCCGCAGGUGACAGGCACUUCCGAUUCCAGCAGAGAAGGGGACACUGAUCGCGGAAAACCUUCGGAGGCAAGAGACGCGGGGCUCCCCGGGUUUCACGUUCGGUCCCUCUCUCGCAACCCCCACGGGCCCAGCAGAGUUAGUUUUGAAUUUAUGGCAGCGCUUUGCCGAGCGCUGUUUGGGGAAACUUCGGUCUCCGGCAGGGGUUUCCGUGGGCAGGUGGUUUGGGUGUUGGUGGUAGAAUAAUGCAAACCAACUUCCAUCACUUUUAGCACAACUAAAAUGCAGUCCCAUGCAAGUAGCUGUCCCCUUCCUUUAAAAACGUCUAUCAGAUGCUCCCUGACCCUCUUCUAAAGAAAAAAAAAAUUCGUGUAUAUGUUCUUUUGUCAGGGAAAUUGAUUUUUAUUAGCAUUUGGAGAAUCCCCUGAGAGAUGGACUACAGGACUGAAGGAAAACUGCUCAAACUGGCGGUGUAGCCACCUUACUAAUUCAAGAGAAAUGGCUGUUGCUAGAAGGUGUGACUGUAGGGUGCUCUUAGAAAGGUUUUAGAAGGAAGAUAUUGUUAACUUUAGUUGCUAUCAGAAGACAUUUACCCUAGUUAGAUUGGUAACUGAACAUAGAUCAACUUAUUUGUAUUCCUUAGGUGAAAAUUGUCAUCUAUGACCAUUUAUUUGUAUUCUGAUAAAAAUCUAAUACAUAUAUCAAAACUGUUCCUUUGCAAGUUUUUCCUCAGUUGACAAAAUAAGCAUAUAAAUGAUUACAUCUACUUCCUUCCCAAUAGUAGGGAACUUCUUAAAUACUUGAGUUAAUCCCAAUCUCCCUAAAAGAUUGGGAGGUGAAAACUUUUGCCUCAUUCCCUCAGUCUUGAGACUGGGAGAUGUCUACUCAUUAGCAUACCUGUUGGCACAGCAGGCCUCAUCAUUACUUAAGUAUCCAAAUACUUUGAUUUUUGACUGGUAUUUAUUCAUGAUAUGUCAUAUAACACAAAGUACAAUGUAGAAUUGGCAGUUAUUUAGUUAAUUAGGUCACUCUACACUGCCGAGUAGUUUUUCCUUCCUGAUUAGAUAAAAAAUGAAUUAUCUGCUGAAUUUUCACCAGUGUGUAAAUUGACGUAGCCCUGCUAGAUGCCAUCCCAUUUGCAAACCAAUGUGUAAUUUAGGAAAAUUUUAGUAUUAAGAGUGAUUGAAUCAUUAAUUAAAUGAAAUGAACAAAAGGAAGUUACUGUUCAGAAUAGUUAUUCCUUUAUAAAUACCUUUCUCCUAGAUUUGUAAUUGACACAGUAGUUAAUCUUUUAAGAUAAUAUUUAAGGCUCCCUGGUUUUAUCAUUUUUAAUCAAGUAAAAUAUAUUCAUCAUAACCACGUUAAAGCUGUACAAAGUUAUGCCUAAUUUAGUCGCUUCAUUAAAAAUUACUGAAUAUAAAAUAGUCAAGAAACAAACUGUGACUAUAUCAUUUUAAUUUUGCUGCUUCAAGCAGAGACACAGGAAUAUUGAAAAUUCCAAAGGCUUUGUAAACAUUGUGUAAUUAUUAUUGUUGUUGUUAUCAUUGUAGAUUUCUAUUUCUCUUUAGGGUAAACAGGAAUUUCAAAAUUCAAAAAUUUAAACAUUUCUGUAAUUUUAACUUUCCAAACAUUUAUUGAAUUCUGAAUUUUUUAAAAAUUCUGCAAUAUCUGUAAUCCUUGAAAAAGGUAGUCAACAGAUGUAUAAAAAGUAUUUACCCCUCCAUACAUUUUUAUAUUCUCUUUGUUUUGUGGUUUCAACAAGGCAUAAUUUUCUUAGAACAUAUUUCUUAAUUGCUUCUGAGUAAUUUUGAAGAAAUUAUUAAUUAGAAGACUCUAUGCUAUUUCAUUUUUCAAAACUAUGUAUAUAAUCUCUAUGGUGAUGCAAAAGUAUGUAUUUUCUCUUUAAAUACUGAUCAUUGGUUAAACUGUGGUGGCCUGGGACAUUUUGGAUCUUUCUAAAAAUUUAAAAACUGGUUUGUUAAGUGUUUCUAAUAAUUUUCACAUUUAUUUCAAAUGAAUGGAGCCCAUUUAUGUAAAAUAAAUAUUAAGACUUUGAA